AUGAACGCUACUCAACAACAAGACCUCUUUGCGAUGUUGAUAGAGAAGUACAUCCAAACUGAAAUGAAUGGAAUGAAUUCCAUUGCAAGUCUGAAAGGGUUAAAAGAGUUUCCUAUCCACACAUCUCCACAUUUUCCUCGAAUAAUUCAAGAAUGUUGUCGUCGUGGGAAUAAAGAUGUUCUAAUGUUUAUAACAGAGAAUUACCCGGACUUUAUUGACCAACCUAAUGUUCAAGGACAGACCCCUUUAUUCAUUGCUACAGAGAAUAAUAGACUCGAUUUGGCUAAUUACUUAAUAGAAAACGGAGCAAAGGUUAUUCAGAUCAUACCAACAGGGGAUACUUACCUCCAUUGCAUAGCAAAAGUGACACCAUCGUCGAAGAAACUUGAAUUAAUCACAAGAGUGUGGUCGAUGUAUCCAGAAAUGGUUAAAUCAGUUAAUAUCCUCCUUGAGACACCACUCCAUUUGGCAGCACUCUCAGGUGACUUGGAAGCCGUCAAACUUCUCAUUGAAUACGGUGGAAGACCAACCGACAGAACAUCACAGAUGGUCGAUGUGUAUGGGUAUGCCCUCAGUUCUGGGAAUAGGCAUUUAACGAGUUAUUUAAAGCCUUUAUGUCGGAAGGAGAAUAUAAGAAAAGACGAACGUGUGGGAUUCAAAGAAUUGAAGUCGGACUCCCAAGUUGAAAGAAAUGGAAGUCCGGAAGUUAAAAAGACGUGCAGUUGUAAAUCAUCGGCCCUUGCACAAGACACUUCUUCCAUCAAGUCUGGAAGUGAUACAAUUUCAGAGAAAGAUGAUGAAGACUGUUGUGAUGUCGAAGUGAUGAAGUCAUUGAAAACAACGGAAUGCACUAUAGACGGACUUUAUACCAAAUUCCAAAAUUACAAAGUGGAAAAGGAGAGCAAAGUGCGACAAUUUUUUAAGAAGAAUAAAAUGAGUAAAGAUGGAUUUAUUCAGACGUCCGCCGCGCUCAUUAAAGAGGCGUUUUUGUCACGAUCAAUGCUUGAAAAUCCAAACGACUUUGGGAAGGGGAAGAAGUACCGAGUCAUCUCAUUAGAUGGGGGAGGAAUUAAAGUGUUAAUGGAAUUGAUAAUACUCAAGAGACUCUCUGCCGAAUUUCCGGAUAUGUUCACUAAGUGCAAUUUGUUCUGUGGAGUCUCUGCGUCGAGUGCAGUCAUCACAUGUCUUACACUUGGAUAUUCCCUUGAUGGGUUGAUAGCUGUUAUAGAGAAUGUGAUCAGAUAUUCAUUCAAGAAAGACAGCAUCCAAUCUGUGACAAACGCAAAGUACAUCAACGACUACUUGAAAGCAUUUGGAGAGACCGCGUUUGGAAGUCUCACAUUAAAGUGUUUGCCAAGACAUGUUGUCAUUCCAGCGUUUUUGAUUGACUCUGGAAAGGAGCCACGAGUGUGUAGGGCAGACGUUUUCACUAAUAUAGUUCCUGGAAAUGAAACUGAGAAGGUUGCUGAUGUCUGUUUAAGAAGUGCAGCAGCUCCCUCGUAUUAUAAACCUUAUCAAAAUUAUGUUGAUGGAGGUGUCAUAGAUAACAUCCCAUGCGGGCUUGCAUGGCCUUUACUAAUUGGAGAGAAAGGGAUUGGAAUUCACAUGGAGGACAUCGUCUGUCUAUCCCUCUCGGCGGGAAGAAUUACACCAGCUUACAUUGAUGUUGAAAAAAUUGGGAAUGGAGGGAUGGUACAAUGGGCGACUCAACUUGUCGAUUUGUUUAUGCUUUCAAGAAGAGAUGAAACAGUUAAAGAAGCGAAGACGUUGUUUGGGAAUCGGUUCUUGAGAGUGGAUCCAAUUUUACCUGGAAGUAUAUUGCUGGAUAAUGUUGAUCAAAUUGAUGAAGUGAAGAGAAUAGCAGAGGGAUAUGAUUUGGAUGACAUUAGGUUUGUUGUUUUAGAUUAA